AUGGCCGAGCUUGAGCGCUACCAAGACGACCAUCGAGCGGCUUUUGCUUUUGAGAUGGCCCGGGGCGGCCGUGUUCAUCCGUUGGACGAGAAUGAAUUAAAGCACUUCCGCAAAGAAAAAGAUGGUGUAUUUGGUCUAUUCCAAUGGGAUACGCCGACUCUUUCCGAGGAGUUACCGUUCACCUUCACCUCGCCUCCUGGCCCUGCAGCAGUCGAGAAGGCGCUCAAAAGCGAUAUUGGAGGUGAGAAUUAUUUCCGUUUUGCACCCUCGCGUGGCUCACCAGACGACGACGCGGCCGCUAUCACUCGCUUGCUUGACAACAUUGGCAAUGCGAGGUAUUCUGAGCCUGGCGCUGUCGUUCAUAUGCAAUCGCCUACGUUCAACCGAGCGCGGCGCUGGAUACCGGGUUGGGAAGGUGACGGUAUGCUAAGCCAAUCGGACUUCCAGAUCAUUAUCGCUCCGGCGGGUGAGGUCUUCGAGCUGGAAUAUUAUGACCACCACUUCUCCACGACACUGCUGACCGGCUCCAAAGUAUGGCUUACUUUUCCUCCAUUGCAAACCAACCUAGAUGUUCUUCGAAAGGCCUAUGAAGGUAUGCAUAGCGCAAAUACUUCGCGCGUGUCUCUGGGUAUCCUCGCAGAAAUGCAACACGGUAUCUUCGUCAUCCAGAAGCCAGGUCAGACCCUCCUUUUUCCACCAUACUGGUCUCUUAUGACGUUUUGUACCGAGGCAUCAACGUCCUGUGGCUUUUUCCUUGCGACAGCCGCACAGUACAUGUCCCGAAUCAAGAACAUGGAUCUCUGGCUCACCGUCAAUCUCUUUUGGGACACGGCACAACUGCAACAAUCUUACCUUGUGAAAUACGCCACAGAACUUGCGUCUCACUUCUCCAUCAUCAUGGGCGGUGAUCUUAAGCGCUUCAAGGUCGGUCCUGUGCAGAACCAGAUCUGUACUGAAUGGGUCAAAAUUGCACCAAAGAAAACUGCAGAAUUCGAGAAUAUGAAAGAAAAGAUUGGCAGACUCUUAUCGUUGAUUAAGAAUAACGACGAGAGAGAAAAGAUUGAUGAUCUGUUUCGAGAUGCAUGGAUUGAGUUCUUGCAAUCAAAGCGUAAGAAGAGACCAGAAUGCCGGCUUUGCCAUACGCGUAUCGAGCACAUGCCUGUAGGAGAGACGCCGGAUGAGCGGCUUGCACGGCACAUUACCGAUGUGCAUUGCAAUUUUUGA